AUGAUUUUAAAAAUAAUUUUAUUAGGUGCGUUAAGUGCAAUAGUAACAUCAGAGAAGGUGCGAUAUGACAAUUAUUCAUUGUACAAAAUAAUUCCCGAAACUGAUAAACAUGUAGAAUUUCUUAAAGAUUUACACGAAGAAUCUGACGGGUUAGACUUCUGGAUACCACCAAGCAAUGUUGGUGAAUAUGUUAGUGUUGUAGCAUCGCCGAAAAUAAAGGAUGAAUUGGAACAUUCGUUACAGAAGAGAAACAUUAACUACAAUUUGAUGUUGCAAAACAUACAAGAAGCCCUGGAUAAUCAAGUAAUGGGAAGAAAGAAACGUGAUACGAGAAAAGAAAUGUUCUGGACGAACUAUCAAACAUUAGAGGAUAUUUACGACUGGUUUUAUCAUUUAGCUGAAACCCACAGUGACAUUGUUAGCAUAAUUCAGGCAGGAAAAUCUUAUGAAGGUAGAAACAUCACUGGUGUGAAGAUUUCCCGCGGUUCUGGUUCUGGUAAAAAGGCGUUCUUCAUAGAAGGUGGUCAAGUGGCUGCUGAUUGGCUGUCACCAACAGUUAUCACAUACUUGGUAGAUCAGCUCGUGAGAGGGGAAGAUGGAGAGGCAAGGGCAGCUACUGAGGAAUUCGAAUGGCAUAUCUUUCCAGUGAUAAAUCCUGAUGGGCAUGAAUAUACUAAUGACGCUAUCAGGCUAUGGAUGAAAAACCGCAGACCGAUCAGAAGCGCUGCAGUUGGCGUUGAUCUUACGAGAAACUGGAAUUCACAAUGGGGCGUCAGCGGUGGCAGUUUUAGGGCUGUGGACAACAACUUUGUUGGCUUAGGACCAUUUUCGGAACCAGAAACGCGUGCUAUAUCGCGUUAUGUGGAAAGCAUUGGCCACAAUUUGGUAGGCCUGCUGUCCUUCAGAAGUUUCGGUCAGAGGCUCAUACUACCCUACCCUCAUACAGCUGACUCACUGUAUAACUACAAUGCGAUGCUCACUAUUGGAAGGAGAGCAAUGGGAUCUUUAGCCGUUAGGUACGAUACUCAAUAUAGAGUUGGGACUUCAAAACAAGUCUUCGAUGGCGCCACUGGAGUAUUAGCUGAUUGGGCGAAGUUCAGAUUUAACCCACCCGUCGUGGCCACAUACGCGCUGAGAGACAACGGGGCAUGGGGCUAUACUCUCCCAGUAGACCAGGUUCUGCCAUCAUGUGAAGAGACCUUCGAUUCAGUUAUGGCCAUCAUAAGAGAGGCGAAGUUUAUUAAUGUGUUGUAA